AUGAAUACACUUCGCACUUCUUCCCGGAUCUUCAGGGUAUCGUCUCGAAAACCCUUGUCGCCGAUAACACCAUCGCAUAUUCGAUACUUCCAUCCUACCAAGCCAGCACCCAAUCUCAUCAAUGUCGCAUUAGACGCCUCCGCAGGUCUGAUUCACGGUGUACACAAUAUUACAUAUCUCCCAUGGGUCGCUUCCAUUCCUCUUACGGCGGUCAUCGUCCGAACAGUCGUCGGAUUUCCACUACAAUACUAUACACGACUCCACGCACGUCGCGAACGAGAUAUAGCGCCCUUAUCACAUUCCUUCCAGAGGAUCGCCAUGUAUACUACGAAGGAUCCGUCACCAGCCAAAAUAAGAAAGGAAAUGGCUCGAGUCUCGGCGAUGAUGCGAAAAACAUUUCAUGUGAAUCCCUGGUCCAAGUUCCUCGCCUUCGCUCAGAUACCUGUCUGGAUAUCGCUUAUGGAAAGUAUCCGUGGGAUGUGUGGCAAUACAAACGGUUUAGUACCCUGGUUACUCUCGCUGGUCGAACCAACCCAGGAUGCAGCAAAAGAGGCUGUUCAGUCUCUCCAUUUGACCGUAGAGUCAUCACUCGCCAAUGAAGGCGCUCUCUGGUUCCCCGAUCUCCUGGCCGGUGACCCGACCGGAGCAUUGCCUGUCCUUCUCACGGCGUCUAUUCUUUUGAAUGUGAACAUGGGAUGGAAGUCUGUCUCCAGGUUCGAUAUGUCUGAGAUGCCGAAGCUCCAGAUGUAUCAAACUAUGUUCUUCAGCGGUCUGCGAGUGUUCAUCCAGGUUCUUGCUGUCAAUGUUGGAUUCUCGGGCUGGUUCUAUGAUAUGCCUACUGCGCUCUUGAUCUACUGGAUUACCAGUACCAAUGUUGCGACUUUCCAGACUUGGUUGCUGGAAAAAUACAUGUUCUCAAGGCCUCCGAUUCCAGCAUACAAGCCUGUAUUCACGAAAUUCCAGAAGGGCGGAGAUCCUUUCUCUUUGAAUCUGAAGGUCCGCUGA